AUGAAGAGAGAUCGCUCCGAAAAUUCAAUUGAAAAUACAUCUGACCCUAAGCACUCAAAAAUCGAGAACGAUGACCCCCUGAUGCCGUUCAUGAAGGAUUUCGAAGACAUCCAAAAGGAUAUCGAGCAGCUAGACAUCAAGUGUGCGCACGAGCAGAUGAACAUCCAAAAGCAGUAUGACGAGAAGAAGAAGCCUCUGUUCGAAAAGCGAGACGAAAUAAUUGAGAAGGUUCCGGGCUUCUGGGCAAACACCCUGAGGAAGCAUCCUGCACUAAGCGAUAUAGUACCCGAAGAUAUAGAUAUUUUGAACUGCCUAGUGAAAUUGGAUUUGAAGGAUAAUAUGGAUAACAAUGGCUCGUACAAAAUUACUUUCACCUUUAAUGAAAAGGCAAAGGAGUUCAUGGAGCCUUUGACACUCGUAAAGCAUGUUACCUUCGAUAAUAAUCAGGAGAAAGUGGUUGAGUGUACACGAAUUAAAUGGAAAGAUGGAAAGAAUCCAAUAGCAGCUGUGUCAAAUAAUAGAUCCGACUUAGACAACGAAAUGCCAAAGUGGUCCAUCUUCGAAUGGUUCACCACGGAAGAGUUACAGGAUAAGCCAGAUGUAGGUGAAUUGAUACGGAGAGAAAUUUGGCACAACCCCUUGUCGUAUUACCUUGGUUUAGAAGAUUUUGAUGACUUCGAUGAAGAUUUUGAUGAAGAGUUUGAUGAUGAGGAUGAAGACGAUGAGGAUGAAGAUGAUGAUGAGGAUGAGGACGAUGAAGAGGAAGACGACGAAGAGGACGAUAAGGACGACGAUGAUGAAAAAGAUGAUGAUGAUAUGGAUGCAGAUGAUGAUGGAAAAGAGGACGAGAAUGAUGAAUAA